GAGAAAUUGUGACCAUGCCUGAACCAGCGAAGCCAGCGCCCAAGAAGGGCUCCAAGAAAGCCGUGACCAAGACCGCCGGCAAGAAGGACAAGAAGAGGAGGAAGACCAGGAAGGAGAGCUACGCCAUCUACGUGUACAAGGUGAUGAAGCAGGUCCACCCCGACACCGGCAUCUCCUCCAAGGCCAUGGGCAUCAUGAACUCGUUCGUGAACGACAUCUUUGAGCGCAUCGCCGGGGAGGCCUCCCGUCUGGCCCACUACAACAAGCGCUCCACCAUCACCUCCAGGGAGAUCCAGACCGCCGUCCGCCUGCUGCUGCCCGGAGAACUGGCCAAGCACGCCGUGUCCGAAGGCACCAAGGCCGUGACCAAGUACACCAGCUCCAAGUAAACCCGCUCCACAUCCCCGAGAUACAGAAACAAACCAACGGCUCUUUUAAGAGCCACACACACUUUCUCUGGAAGAGCUCAGUUCCCCCAAACAUAAAGCUGAAUAAAACCAAUGUGGUUAUAAAUA